AUGAGCACAACAGUGAAGCAAUACGGAAUUACGGCGCCUAUUUCCACAGCGGGUCCAACGCCAAAGGAAAACGAGCUAAACGACUCGAUGAUUGCAGAGCUUCGGAACCAAAAAUCGUUCGAGAGCGAGUCGGAAACUCAGAAGAGGCGAGAGGUGUUGGCCACGCUCCAGAAACUGACGGAGGAGUUUGUUUACACUGUUUCAAGACGCAAGAACAUGAGCGAAGGCAUGGCCAAAGACGCUGGUGGUAAGAUCUUUACGUUUGGCUCGUAUAGACUGGGAGUGUACGGGCCAGGCUCCGAUAUCGACACUCUUGUUGUUGUCCCCAAACAUGUCACCAGAGAGGACUUUUUCACGGUUUUCGAAGAGCUGUUGAGAGGUCGGCCUGAGCUUAACAAGAUCCAGCCCGUCCCCGAUGCGUUUGUGCCGAUCAUCAAGACGGUUUUUGACGGAGUGGACAUCGACCUGAUCUGUGGUCGACUGGACAUCCCGCAAAUCUCGACCGAUUUGACCCUGGAAGACAACAACCUGCUUAGAAAUAUCGACGAUAGAGACCUGCGUGCACUGAACGGUACAAGAGUCACCGACCAGAUUCUCCAGCUGGUGCCGCAAAAGAUGGUAUUCCGCCACGCUUUGCGGACCAUCAAGCUUUGGGCUCAACGAAGAGCCAUUUAUGCCAACAUGUUUGGAUUUCCUGGAGGUGUUGCGUGGGCCAUGUUGGUUGCAAGAAUCUGUCAACUAUAUCCGAACGCGGUCGGGGCCGUGAUUGUGGCCAAGUUCUUCCAGAUCUACUUGCAAUGGAAAUGGCCGCAGCCGGUUCUUCUCAAACCGAUUGAGGAUGGCCCGUUGCCCGUGAGGAUCUGGAAUCCAAAGCUUUAUGGACAAGACAGACUGCACAGAAUGCCGGUGAUCACUCCAGCGUACCCGUCUAUGUGUGCUACCCAUAAUAUCACCGCAUCGACCCAGAAGAUCAUUUUAAAGGAGAUGCAACGCGGACUCGAGAUCAUGAACGAGAUCCAGUUCGGAAAGAGAAAUUGGAUUGAUCUGUUUGAGAAGCACGACUUUUUCUUCGCCUACAAGUUCUACUUGACGAUCAUCACUGCCACGAGAGAUUCGUACGAGGCCCAUUUGAAAUGGAGCGGCAUGGUGGAGUCGAAGCUGCGUCUUCUUGUGCAAAAGUUGGAAGUGAUCAACGGCAUUGUGCUAGCCCAUCCUUAUGUGAAGCCUUUCACCGCGUCGUACAUCUGCGAUACCGAGGAACAGGCGUUCAAUAUCAGAGAGCUUUAUGGAUCUUUGGAAGGAGAGAAAUAUGCCAAGGAAAACCUCAAACAGGUGGAGAUCGACGACGACACAGACAUGGUGAAGGUGGAGGAGGAUGUAAAGAAACAGGGCAAGCACCUUGUUCAUCUUCUGAAGCUGUACAUUGGACUUGAUCUCGAUCUCAAGGGCCGGGACAAGAAAAUGGAUAUCCAGGCUCCAUGUUCCGACUUUGACUCGAUUUGCCGGAACUGGGUCAGUUUCGACAAGGACGUGUACUCUUUGAGCAUCAAGCAUGUCAAACUGUACGACUUGCCGAACGACGUGUACACAGAAGAGGAACAGAGACCUGUCAAGAAAGAGAGCAAGAAACGCAAGGGUGACAAGAACGGGGCCAGCGCGAAGAAGCUCAAGAGCGGCGAUGAUUCGCAGGCAGGCUCCGUUCUGAGCAGUUCCAGCGGUAGUACCACGACAAAGCCGUUGGAAGAAUCUGCCACCGCAUAG